CCUGCUACUUUUACUGUUUCAUCAUGGAUUACAUCUGAUGCAUAGGAAUUUUGUUUGCAAAUGUGGAGCUGUUGAAGACAUGGAGGAGAAAACUACAGGUCAACGAAGUCACUGAAUGGAGUUUUAAUCUCUUUUUUUUUUUGGAGGAUUCCUUCUAUAGAUGCUCCUGCUCAGUUUGUUCCUGUUUAAUUGUUAAUAUUGUGUUUUUGUUUUUUUUUUUUAAAUUAUGGUUAUUUUACAAAGUAACACAAACUGAUGGACACGUUAAAACAAGAGGAAAGUUCUUCGUAUGGGAGUAUUUUUUUGUACUGUUCAUGUUGAGCAAAAGGUGAAGAUUUUAGUAAAACUUCAUAAACAUAGCAAAGAAAACCAACAGGAGGGGAUCUGAUUGGUCGAUGGAGGCCUGGGAUCCAAAUGUACGCCAUCUCAGCAACAGAUAUGCAAUGCUGAUCAAGGGCGACUAUGUCUGGUUGGACCCAAAGACUGGUCGGGAGUUUGAGGUUCCGAUCGGAGCAGUGGUUAAACUCUGUGACUCAGGACAGAUCCAGGUGCUGGACGAUGAAGGAAAUGAACACUGGAUCUCCCCCCAGAAUGCCACCAACAUCAAGCCAAUGCACCCCACCUCCAUCCAUGGUGUGGAGGACAUGAUCCGCCUCGGGGACCUCAACGAAGCCGGCAUCCUCCGCAACCUGCUCAUCAGAUACAGAGAAAAACUCAUUUAUACAAACUGUGGUGGCAGGACGUACACCGGCUCCAUCCUGGUGGCUGUCAACCCUUAUCAGUUGUUACCCAUCUACACCGCCGACCAGAUCCGCCUCUACACCAACAAGAAGAUCGGAGAGAUGCCUCCACACAUCUUUGCCAUCGCUGACAACUGUUACUUUAACAUGCAGAGGAACAACCGUGACCAAUGCUGCAUCAUCAGUGGUGAAUCUGGAGCAGGGAAAACAGAAAGCACCAAACUGAUCCUUCAGUUCCUGGCGGCCAUCAGUGGUCAGCACUCAUGGAUAGAGCAGCAGGUCCUGGAGGCCAACCCCAUCCUAGAAGCUUUUGGAAAUGCGAAAACCAUUCGUAAUGACAACUCGUCUCGUUUUGGGAAGUACAUCGACAUCCAUUUUAACAAGAGAGGAGCCAUAGAAGGAGCCAAGAUUGAGCAAUACCUUUUAGAGAAAUCCAGAGUCUGUCGACAGGCGUAUGAUGAGAGGAACUACCACAUCUUCUACUGCAUGUUAAAAGGCAUGACUCCAGAUGAAAAGAAGAAACUGGGCCUGAGCAAAGCCACAGAUUACACCUACCUGACCAUAGGUAACUGUACUGUGUGUGAUGGCCGUGACGACAUGAAAGAAUAUUCCAACAUCCGCUCUGCAAUGAAGGUAUUGAUGUUCACAGACAAAGAGAACUGGGAGAUUUCUAAACUGCUCGCUGCCAUUUUACACAUGGGAAACCUCAGAUAUGAAGCUCGUACCUAUGACAACCUGGACGCUUGCGAGGUCGUCCGCAGCCCUCAUCUGACCACUGCAGCUACACUGUUGGAGGUUGACUGUAAAGACCUGAUGAACUGUUUGACUAGUCGGACUCUGAUCACCAGAGGAGAAACUGUCUCCACACCACUGAGUAUGGAACAAGCUCUGGAUGUACGGGACGCUUUCGUUAAGGGUAUUUACGGCCGUCUGUUCGUGUGGAUUGUGGAAAAGAUCAACGCUGCCAUCUACAAACCUCCGUCAUCACAGCCUAAAUUUUCUCGUCGUUCAAUCGGACUCCUGGACAUCUUUGGCUUUGAAAACUUCACAGUCAACAGCUUUGAGCAGCUCUGCAUCAACUUCGCCAACGAGAACCUGCAGCAGUUCUUCGUCCGUCACGUGUUUAAACUGGAGCAGGAGGAGUACAACCUGGAGAACAUCAACUGGCAGCACAUCGAGUUCACGGACAACCAGGAUGCUCUGGACAUGAUCGCCAUCAAACCCAUGAACAUCAUCUCACUCAUUGACGAGGAGAGCAAAUUCCCAAAGGGUACAGACACCACCAUGCUGAAUAAACUGAACUUCCAACACAAACUCAACACAAACUACAUCCCCCCGAAGAACAACUACGAGACCCAGUUUGGCAUCCAACACUUUGCUGGAAUUGUUUUCUAUGAAACAAAAGGUUUCCUGGAGAAGAACCGAGAUACGUUAUACGGUGACAUUAUCCAGCUGGUCCACUCCUCCAAGAACAAGUUCAUCAAGCAGAUCUUCCAGGCUGAUGUUGCCAUGGGGGCGGAGACCAGGAAGCGCUCGCCCACCCUGAGUAGUCAGUUCAAGAGGUCUCUGGAGCUGCUGAUGAGAACACUGAGCGUCUGCCAGCCCUUCUUCGUCCGCUGCAUCAAACCCAAUGAAUACAAGAAGCCCAUGUUGUUUGACAGGGAGCUGUGUGUUCGUCAGCUGAGGUACUCAGGUAUGAUGGAGACCAUUCGGAUCCGCCGGGCCGGUUAUCCAAUCCGCUACACCUUUGUGGAGUUUGUGGAUCGAUACCGGGUGCUCAUGCCUGGAGUCAAACCAGCGUACAAACAGGAGGACCUGAGGGGAACCUGUCAGAGGAUCGCGGAGGCUGUGCUCGGCAGAGAUGACGACUGGCAGAUGGGAAAAACCAAGAUCUUCCUCAAGGAUCACCAUGACAUGUUGCUGGAGAUUGAGAGAGACAAGGCCAUCACAGACAAGGUCAUCCUCAUCCAGAAGGUGGUUCGAGGUUUUAAGGACAGAUCUAACUUCCUGAGGAUGAGAAAAGCAGCUGUGUUGAUCCAGAAGACAUGGAGAGGUUAUCAAUGCAGGAAGAACUACGGCGCUAUGCGAGCCGGCUUCUCGCGCCUCCAGGCCCUGGUCCGAUCCAGGAAGUUGUGCGCCUCGUAUCAUGUGGCCCGUCAGCGAAUCACACGCUUCCAAGGUCGCUGUCGGGGUUUCCUGGUCCGCCGGGCGUUCAGACACCGGCUCUGGGCCGUCAUCACCAUCCAGGCGUACACCAGAGGAAUGAUCGCCCGCCGCCUCUACAAGAGACUGAAGGGAGAGUACCGCCGGAGGCUGGAGGCUGAGAAGAUGCGUCUGGCUGAAGAGGCCAAACUGAGGAACCAGAUGUCUGCGAAGAGAGCGAAGGCUGAGGCUGAACGCAAACACCAGGAGCGUCUGGCCCAGCUGGCGAAGGAGGACGCCGAGCGGGAGAAGAAGGAGAAGGAGGAGGCUCGGAAGAAGAAGGAGCUGGUGGAGCAGAUGGAGAAGGCCCGACAGGAGCCCGUUAACGACUCCGACAUGGUGGACAAGAUGUUCGGCUUCUUGGGAACGACCAGCUCCCUCCCCGGUCAGGAGGGACAAGCCCCCACUGGCUUCGAGGAUCUGGAGCGAACUUACCACGAGCUGGAGGUGGAAGACCUGGAUGAGGCUCUUCCUCUGCCCGAGGACGACGAUGAGGAGGAUUUAUCAGAGUACAAGUUCGCCAAAUUCGCCGCCACUUACUUUCAGGGAAACACAUCUCACAGCUACGUCCGACGGUCACUCAAACAGCCGCUGCUGUUCCACGAUGACGAAGGAGAUCAGCUGGCUGCUCUGGCGGUGUGGAUCACAGUUCUCCGGUUCAUGGGGGACCUACCAGAGCCCAAGUACCACACAGCUAUCAGCGAUGGGAGUGAGAAGAUCCCCAUUAUGACCAAAAUCUAUGAGACGCUGGGGAAGAAGACAUACAAGCGAGAGUUGCAGGCGCUGCAGGGAGAGGGUGAGACGCCUCACUCCGACAGCCACAAGAAGAACAGCGUCCGACACAAACUGGUGUCUCUGACCCUGAAGAAGAAAUCUAAGAUCACUGAGGAGGUCACAAAGCGGCUUAAUGAUGGUGAACACGGUCUCCAUGGUAACAGUAUGCUGGAGGAUCGGCCAACAUCCAACCUGGAGAAACUUCACUUCAUCAUCGGGAAUGGGAUCCUGAGACCUGGACUCAGGGAUGAGAUCUACUGUCAGAUCUGUAAACAGCUGAGUCAAAACCCAUCUAAGAGUUCUCACGCUCGUGGAUGGAUCCUCAUCUCGCUGUGUGUUGGAUGCUUUGCCCCGUCAGACAAGUUCGUCAAGUACCUGAGGAACUUCAUCAACAGCGGACCUCCAGGUUACGCUCCGUACUGUGAAGAAAGGCUGAGAAGAACCUUUGUUAACGGGACAAGAACCCAACCUCCAUCCUGGUUGGAGCUGCAGGCCACCAAGUCCAAGAAGCCCAUCAUGCUGCCAGUGACGUUCAUGGACGGGACGACCAAAACGCUGCUGACAGACUCAGCCACGACCGCCAGGGAGCUCUGCAACGCCCUGUCAGACAAAAUCAACCUGAGAGACCGCUUUGGCUUUUCUCUCUACAUUGCCCUGUUUGAUAAGGUGUCGUCACUGGGCAGCGGGAAUGACCAUGUGAUGGACGCUGUGUCGCAGUGUGAACAGUAUGCCAAGGAGCAGGGCGCCCAGGAGAGGAAUGCCCCCUGGAGGCUGUUCUUCAGGAAGGAGAUCUUCACACCGUGGCACAGCCCGGGGGACGACCAGGUCGCCACCAACCUCAUCUACCAGCAGACCGUCAGAGGAGUCAAGUUUGGAGAAUACCGCUGUGACAGGGACGACCUGGCGGAGCUGGCGUCUCAGCAGUAUUAUGUCGACUACGGCUCAGAGAUCCUUCUGGAACGUCUGCUGAGCCUCAUCCCAUCGUACAUACCUGACAGAGAGAUCAGCACCUCCAGGACGGUCGAGAAAUGGGCUCAUUUCAUCAUGGCCGCCCACAAAAAGAGCAUCUACACUCAGAAGAGGUUCGAUCCUCUGAAGGUGAAGGAGGAAGUGGUGGACUUCGCUCGCCACAAAUGGCCUCUGCUUUUCUCACGUUUCUACGAAGCCUUUAAGUUCUCUGGUCCCAGUUUGCCCAAAAACGACCUGAUCGUCGCUGUGAACUGGACCGGGGUUUACUUUGUAGACGAGCAGGAACAGGUCCUCCUUGAACUCUCCUUCCCAGAAAUCACUGCAGUCUCCAGCAGCAGGGGAGGAAAGUUACAGGGUCAGAGUUUCACUUUGGCCACGAUCAAAGGUGACGAGUACACCUUCACCUCCAACAACGCCGACGACAUCCGUGACCUUGUGGUGACUUUCCUGGAAGGGCUGAGGAAGAGGUCAAAGUUCGUGGUGACACUGCAGGAUAACCCCGACCCGGCCGGGGAUGAGUCGACGUUCCUGAGUUUCAUGAAGGGAGACCUGAUCCUGUUGGACCAGGACACCGGGGAACAGGUCCUGAACUCCGGUUGGGCGCACGGCGUCAACGAGAGAACCGGACAUAAAGGAGAUUUUCCGGCCGACUGCGUCUACGUCCUGCCCUCCAUGACCCGACCCCAGCAAGAAAUAGUGGCGCUGGUUACCAUGACACCAGACCAGCGGGAAUCGGUGCGUGCCUCACAGCUCGUCAUGCCAGAAACUGACGGCCGGUUGAAGCCGUACACACUGGAGGAGUUUUCAUACGACUACUUCAGGCCUCCUCCCAAACACACCCUGAGCAGAGUGAUGGUCACUAAGAACCGUGGGAAGGACAAGAUGUGGAGCUGCACCAGAGAGCCGCUCAAACUGCCGCUGCUGAAGAAGGUGGUCAACCACGAGGACCUGUCCCAGGAAGGCUGCAUGGCCUUCAUCGCCAUGAUGAAAUACAUGGGCGACUACCCGUCCAAACGGACACGCUCAGUCAACGAGCUGACGGAUCAGAUCUUUGAAGGAGCGCUGAAGGCCGAACCUCUGAAAGACGAGAUCUACUGUCAGAUCAUCAAACAGCUCACAGACAACCACGUCAAGUACAGUGAGGAGAAAGGCUGGGAGCUGCUGUGGUUGUGUACUGGUCUGUUUCCUCCCAGUAACGUGCUGCUGCCGCACAUCCAGCGCUUCCUCCAGUCCAAGAAACACCACCCGCUGGCCGGAGACUGUAUGCAGAGGCUGCACAAGGCGCUACGUAACGGGUCCAGGCAGUAUCCUCCUCAUCUGGUGGAAGUGGAGGCCAUCCAGCACAAGACCACUCAGAUUUUCCAUAAAGUCUACUUCCCUGACGACACAGACGAGGCGUUCGAGGUGGAGUCCAGCACCAAAGCCAAGGAUUUCUGCCAGAACAUCUCGACCAGACUCCUGCUGAAAAGUCCUGAAGGCUUCAGCCUCUUCGUGAAAAUCUCAGACAAGGUGAUCAGCGUCCCACAGGGAGAUUUCUUCUUUGACUUUGUCCGACAUUUAACAGACUGGAUCAAGAAGUCUCGUCCUGCCAAAGACGGGAUUGUUCCUUCUCUGACGUACCAGGUUUUCUUCAUGAAGAAGUUGUGGACAAACACCGUUCCAGGGAAGGACUCCUUUGCUGAUUCCAUCUUCCACUACUACCAGGAGUUGCCUAAAUAUCUGCGUGGAUACCACAAAUGCUCCAGAGAAGAGGUUUUCCAUCUGGCAGCGCUCAUCUACCGCGUCAAGUUUGAAGAUGACAAAUCUCACUUUCCUACGAUUCCCAAGAUGCUCCGGGAACUGGUUCCUCAGGACCUGAUCCGUCAGAUGUCUCCAGACGACUGGAAGAGGUCGGUGGUGGCGUACUUCAACAAACAGGCCGGGAAGUCCAGGGAGGAAGCCAAACUCAUGUUCCUGAAGACCAUCUACAAAUGGCCCACCUUUGGCUCCGCCUUCUUUGAGGUCAAGCAAACCACUGAACCAAACUACCCAGAAAUCCUGCUGAUCGCCAUCAACAAACAUGGAGUCAGUCUGAUCGACCCCAAGAACAAGGACAUCCUGACCACACACCCCUUCACCAACAUCUCCAACUGGAGCAGUGGGAACACCUACUUCCACAUCACCAUCGGCAACCUGGUCAAAGGAAGCAAACUGCUGUGUGAGACGUCACUGGGCUACAAGAUGGAUGACCUGCUGACGUCCUACAUCAGCCAGAUGUUGACCACCAUGAAUAAGCCGCGUUCAGGGCGGGGCCACAGUAAGUGAAGUUCUUACUGGCAGGAGGCCGCCGCGCUCGUCCGGCUCCUGCGCCCUGUUGGCCAGUACUGCAGCUGGGGGCGGACCUUCUCCAGCCAGCUGUGGUGGAUGAGCCGCGGUCCUUCUGCGAGCUCCGAAGCCUCCGUCGUCACCGGGGUCAGUUCGGACGCCAGCAGCGACGACCCCGGGGAAGGCCCGAGCAAUUACUACCGCUACACCAACGAAGAAGAAGACGACCCGUCCAGCGAGGAUGACUACCUCUGACACCUCCCACCUGGAGGAGCUCUGCCAGGUUCUGAUCCGGAUUCAACAGCAGACCAGGGGUCGUUUAGAGGAUCUGGACCUGGGGUGAAGACACAGAGACUUCAAUGAGGAUCCAUGAACUCAAAUGUACAGUUGGCGUCUCGCGGAGGUUUAACUCUGAACGUUUGUGUGUAGUUGUAAAAAUGUGUUAAAAAUAUGUAAAAACGCCAGAAGUCUGAAGUGAAACCCAGACAGUGGUACUGGUCUGAGGGUGGACUCCAAGUGAAGAGUAUUUAUGAUAUAUUUGUUAGAAAAAAUGUUGGACUUUAUCUCCGUUAACAUUGUCGUCAUAUAUUGUUAGUUUGCCAACAUGCCUGUAAGUUAGUUCAGAGUUUUUAAAGUCAGCCUUAAAAAGGUUUUUGAGGAACAACUUCCCUUUUUGUGUCUCAUUUUUGCUUUAACAGUAAAAAGGAUUAAUUUAAUACUGAGGGUCUUUAAAUACAACCCCUUUAGAAUCUCAUUUAAUUUAAAGGUUCAGUGUGUAACAGUGACACCAGUGGCCGUUUAGUGAACUGCAGUCAGCAUCUAGUAAUCGCAUUUAUGGACAUGUCAAACUCAUUUUAGUUUAGGUUCCACAUUCAGCCCAGUUUCAUCUCAAGUGGGUCGAACCAGUUAAAUAUUAACAAACUUUUGUCUGUUUUUUAGAGUGAAAAAGGUACAUCUAUGACUAUGCUUUAGAAAAAGGGAAAUAACAUGAACAACCACAAACAACCUGAGAUAUUUUGAGAAAAUGAAUGCUAUUUGAGCAAUAUCUGGCGGACAGGUUUUGGCGGUCGGGCCUUAUGUUGGACACCCCAGGUAUAAGAGGUGGAUAAAGCUGCUGCACCUGGUAUUUUGGUCGCCGCCAUUUUGUUUUUUAGAAUGAGAGGUGAAGGCGGAGCCAAGUAAGCACAAAUACUGUUACAAUAAAAAUCUCAAAGUAACUUUUUUUCCCUAAUUUCAGCUCCCGCAGCUUUAAAGAGCUACUGAAACUCCAAAUAUAUGUAUAUAAAAUAUCUGACCUCUAGUGGUUGAAACCCGACCACUACAGUUGAAUUUUCCUGUUGCUAGCUCCGUUAGCUUCCUCACAUCCACUGUACUAAUGUCAUAGUUAUCUUAGAUCUAUAGACCAGAAACGCGGUCAUUAACAUGUUUAAUUCUGGACACUUUAACGUGAUGCUUUUUGUAGAGUUAUUCACUUAUGAAGCCUCAAGUGGUCAUUGGAGGAAUUGCAGGUUUUGGUGUCGGCUUCCUGUUUUAACCAGGCUGUAAACAUAGAAGAAGGAAACGAAGUCAGAGGCUGUGUUCUGAAAGACUGAACCUUUACAAAAUUAAAAAUAAAAUUAAUACAUGAACAUGUUACACAAUGCACCUUUAAAAUCACCUUUAAUCCUGUAGAAUAAAACUGCAGUAGUAGUUAGACUUUCAUCUUAUAAAUUACAAAAGGAUGAG